CACCGAACAGCAACCAUCUAGGAAUCAACCUCAGGAGACCUAACCACGGAGGUCUACAAAUUGCGUGUGUAAAUUGUAUGUGGUGCUCGAAUAAUCGUGCCGCUCUUAGCAAAACAUCCUCCCAUUGCUCUGGUUAGUGCAUGACCCUGGCGCUACCAUUGCAAAACAAACAGCGAAAUGUUACCAGCCUACAUAAGGUCGACAUCGCGGAGAGCAUUCUCAACCACCUGCAGCGUGGCUAAGCGACAAAACAGCAUCCCAGCAGCCUACUACCGCGGUGGCACAUCUCGCGCGUUGAUAUUCCAUGAGAAAGAUCUUCCUGCAAAGAGAGAAGAUUGGAAGCCGAUAUUUCUCGGAACAAUCGGCUCACCGGAUUUGAAUGGGAGACAGCUCGAUGGCAUGGGCGGGGGAGUCUCCAGCCUAUCUAAAAUAUGCGUUGUGGCACCAUCGGAUCGUCCUGAUGCUCAGGUUGAUUUCACGUUUGUCCAAGUUGGUGUGAAGAAUAGUGGGAUUGAUUAUGCUGGUAAUUGUGGGAAUAUGACGAGUGCUAUUGGGCCUUUCGCUGUUGAUUCGGGAAUCGUCGAUCCUGCCGAGACAGAAGGCUUGACAACGGUGCAAUUGUACAACACAAACACGGACAAAGUGAUCCAUGUGACGUUUCCAGUUUCUGACGGCGAAGCAGUCGCUGACGGUGACUUCUCAAUCGAUGGUGUAUCCGGCUCAGCAGCGAAGAUACAACUGGAUUUCAUCGAUCCUGCAGGGUCCAAGACCGGAAAACUCCUACCUACUGGAAAUACCGUCGAUAUCUUUGACGGUAUCAGAUCGACAUGUAUUGACGUUGGCAAUCCUUGCAUUUUCAUCAAGGCAGAAGAUCUCGGCGUCGAUGGCACGAUGCUCCCUGAUGAUACUCAGGUGCAUCCCGGCCUUCUGGAACGACUGGAGUCUAUCCGUAGACAAGCUACCGUUGCCAUGGGUAUCUCCAAAACUCUCGAAGAGGUACCUCCGUCAAUACCGAAGAUCUGCUUCGUCUCUCAACCUAAAUCGCAUAAACUCAUCUCCGGUGAAGAGCUGCAUGAAAGCUCCGUUGAUGUGGUCGUUCGUGCGAUAUCGACCGGUCAGCCGCAUAGAGCUCUCCCCAUCACAUCGGGCCUAAGUGUUUCUGCGGCUGCUAAAUUGCCGGGUUCGGUAUUGUCGGAGUGUCUUACUGGUGAUCUUGGUGAUAGGGAGGAGUUGAGGAUCGGACAUCCGAGUGGGAAGCUGGUGGUUGGGGCUAAGUAUAGUGAUGAUGGGAAGAAGCUUGAGAGGGCGACGGUGUUUAGGACUGCGAGAAGACUGAUGGAGGGGAAGGUGUUUUGGAAGUAGGGGGUUUUUAGGAGGGCUCAUGUUGGUUAUCAGAGAUGGAAUAUGCUUGGUUGGUUAUUGUUGAUAUGAUUUUAUAUUAGAUGGGAUCUGCUGGUGUAUG